UUUCAUCAUUUUCUUUUUCGCCUGUUGAUUUCCUUUCUUCCCGGGGCGCGUUCUCGUUCUCGAUCCCCUGGCUUCAUUACGUCCAUCAAUUCCUGCAAUUCAACUCAGAUCUGCAACCAGCCGAUCACGUCAUCGUCUUGUGAAGAUGUACGGCUUUGAAGCUCUUACUUUCAACAUUCACGGCGGUUACCUGGAGGCUAUCGUGCGAGGACACCGUGCUGGGUUGCUGACCGCCGCCGAUUACAACAAUUUGUGUCAAUGUGAGACCCUUGACGAUAUUAAAAUGCAUCUUUCUGCUACCGAGUACUGUCCUUACCUGCAGAAUGAGCCUUCUCCAUUGCAUACAACCACAAUUGUGGAGAAAUGUACUCUUAAACUGGUGGAUGACUAUAAGCACAUGUUGUGCCAAGCCACAGAACCCGUGUCAAACUUUUUAGAGUACAUCACCUAUGGUCACAUGAUAGACAAUGUCGUUUUGAUUGUCACUGGCACGUUGCAUGAAAGAGACGUUCAAGAAUUAUUAGAGAAAUGUCAUCCACUGGGCAUGUUUGACAGCAUUGCUAGUCUAGCAGUUUCUCAGAAUAUGCGGGAGCUUUACAGGCUGGUGCUUGUGGACACUCCUCUUGCCCCAUACUUCUCUGACUGCAUUACAUCAGAGGACCUGGAUGAUAUGAACAUUGAAAUAAUGAGGAACACUCUUUAUAAGGCAUAUCUUGAAGACUUUUACAAAUUUUGUCAGAAACUUGGUGGUGCCACAUCUGAAAUCAUGUCUGAACUUCUAGCUUUUGAGGCUGAUAGAAGGGCUGUGAAUAUUACCAUAAAUAGCAUUGGUACUGAACUCACUAGAGAUGAUCGUAGGAAAUUAUACUCUAAUUUUGGUUUGCUGUACCCUUAUGGUCAUGAGGACCUUGCUGUCUGUGAAGACAUUGAUCAGGUUCGUGCAGUGAUGGAAAAAUAUCCCCCUCAUCAGUCUAUAUUUGCUAAAUUGUCGUAUGGAGAGAGGCAGAUGCUUGACAAGGCAUUCUAUGAGGAGGAGGUGAAGAGGCUUUGCUUAGCGUUUGAUCAACAGUUCCAUUAUGCUGUGUUUUUUGCAUAUAUGAGGUUAAGGGAGCAGGAGAUUCGGAACCUAAUGUGGAUUUCAGAAUGCGUUGCUCAAAAUCAAAAGUCCAGAGUACAUGAUAGUGUUGUCUUCAUAUUUUAGCUGGAAUAUGCCAAAUUAGAAAUUUUGUAUUUUAUAUUUUAAUGCAUAAUUGGCUGUAAAUCAUUGAUGGUGUUCUCCGCCUCAAUUGCCAAUGGGAUGCCGCUUCUUGUUGCCUGUUGGGAAGAUUGUUCAACAAAUAAGUAUAAUUCUAUAGUUCUAUAGCGAUCCUUUUCAAUCUGCAGGAAAGAUUAUUAUAUUUUUAUUUUGUCAAGUA